GUUUACAUAAUAAAUUCAUAAAUUCUGUAAAACUUGAUAUUGGUUUAUAUCUUGUUGCUGCAGGAACAAGUUGUAUUGCAAUAGACACUUUGUCUAGAAUUGGGAUUACAACCAGCUACAAAACUAUUGAGAAUUAUAAAAAACAAUUGGCAA